GGUGCUGACAGUGUGACGGUGACUGCCAACCUGAGUGUAACCAGCCAACGAUCCUUUCAUCUUUCUGCUUGUGAUAUCACACCUCUCGAUUCUCAUAGAGUUACCGCAUGUCUUUACCCAAGGGAAUCAUCCAGGAAACCGAGAGACUCGUAGCAGAUCCUGCCCCUGGCAUCACGGCAGCGCCGCAUGAUGACAAUCUGCGAUACUUUGAUGUGACCAUCCAAGGUCCUGACGGGAGUCCGUUCCAGCAGGGCGUCUUUAAGCUUGAACUUUUUUUGCCGGAGGAAUACCCAAUGAGUCCCCCGAAAGUGAGGUUUCUAACAAAGAUAUACCACCCAAACAUCGAUAAGCUUGGUCGAAUUUGUCUGGACAUCCUGAAAGACAAAUGGUCGCCUGCGUUGCAGAUCCGGACGGUCUUGCUCUCCGUACAGGCACUACUGAGUGCUCCGAACCCAGACGAUCCUCUUGCUACGGAUGUUGCAAAGCAUUAUAAAGAAGACGAAAAAGAUGCGCAAAGAGUGAGCCGAGAGUGGACGGAGAAAUACGCGUCUCAAUGAAGCGACGGGUCGUGUCUGUAUGGAGGCAUUAUUAAGAAGGGUAACGGUGUUGUAAGCUGAGCGCUGGAGGCGACGAGGCGCAUCACGGGUAUUGUACUGCACAACAUGUGACUCUAACCAUUUUGUUUUCUUAUCAUUGUCUUGGAAGUACUAUUCUGCGAUUUCACAUUGCUGAGACGUAGACACGGCUCAGGUGCCAAAUGCCGUCAAUGUGCACUAUGGGGCAAGCGUAUUUGUAAAUUGUAUAAUGCAAGCGCAGGAUUGGC